AUGCAUCAGCAACAGUUUAGCCUUCGUACUGGAAUAAGCGUCAGAAUGGCAUUCAAACCGAUGAACUACCUCAUAAACGUGGCGUUGGCUAUUUGUCUUGUGCAACUUAGCGUCGGGAUAAAUACCUCUGACUACACCAAGCCUAGUCGGGAAGUUGGAAUACGCCUGCGUGGGUAUACCGCGAAGACGCAUCCGGGAUAUCCGCAUGAGCAUGGAUUCGGACACUACUACCAGGGUGAUAUCCUGCUGCGACCGACCAAGGAUAAUCGCAUCGCCGUUACCCAUCCACUUAAGAUUGAUUUGUGGACCGACGGCAUAGUGCCCUACGUGAUCAGCGCCAACUUCACCGAUGGAGAAAUGCAAACGCUUGAGGCCGCUUUCGCCCAGUAUGCCGAGAAGACCUGCAUUCGCUUUAUACCGCGCACCACGGAACUGCAGUACGUGACGAUCUCGAAUAGGCCUGAAGGAUGUUAUUCAUACGUUGGACGCAGCCCCGAUCCGACCAUGAACGAGCUCAACCUCCAAUCUCCCGAAUGUAUGCAAAGCGUUGGCACGCCAGUGCACGAAAUGAUGCAUACGCUCGGAUUCCUGCACGAACAGUCACGCCCCGAUCGUGACAGUUACGUUGAUUUCCACCCCGAAAACUUGCGCACGGAGUAUCAGGAUCCUGUCUUCAUUGCGGUUAACUUUGGCGUAUAUGAUGGACCUUUCGGUACUAGCUACAAUGUGGAAUACAACUAUAAAAGUGUGAUGCAUUAUUCGCGUCUUGCGGGUGCUGCCUCGUUCGUGAAUCCGGUGCUGACCAACAAGAAGCCAUUCUUCGGUGAUUUUGGCAGCGAUGCUGGACUGACGGAGGGCGAUGUGAAACAGCUGUUGGCCCGCUAUUGCCAGAACUAG